UAUCACAGCAUGGAAGUGUUCACAACCUACGACCUGCUGAGUUUAAAUGGAACUAGAGUGGCCGAGGGACACAAAGCCAGUUUCUGUUUGGAGGAUUCAGAAUGUGAUGAAGGGAUUGAAAAGAAGUAUGAAUGUGCUAACUUUGGUGAGCAGGGCAUCACUGUUGGCUGCUGGGAUACGUACAGACACGACAUCGACUGCCAGUGGGUCGACAUCACUGAUGUCAAACCUGGGGAUUAUGUUUUCCAGAUUAUAAUUAAUCCAAAUCACGAGGUGCCGGAGUCAGACUACACCAACAAUGUCACUAAAUGCAGAUGUCGCUAUGAUGGCCACCGUGUGUGGAUGUACAGCUGUCAUAAUGAUCAGGCGGGCGACCAGGAGGCCGUCCAACAUAAAGCAGGGGUUCCGGUGGGUGGCCAGGAGGCCGUCCGUCACAUGGCAGGAGCUCGGGAGAGCGACCAGGAGGCCGUCCAGUAUCACGAGCCAGUUCAGAGGGGAAAUGGGGGGACCCACGGUUCAGCAACAGACAUGGUGACCCAGGAGGCUGCUGUUGACCUGGAGAUCUGA